AUGGCAGGUUUCGACUUCCAUGUCUACAUACGGGUGGUCGUUCGGGUGGCUGGUUUUCCAGCCCUGGAGCGAGAUGACCUGACAGCAGAGAGCCUCGCAAACGAAGCUCCUUUCAGCUGCAGCAAAGUGAUCGAGGUCAAAGAGGGUGCCAAAUUUUCGAUUCAUGUUCUUCUUGGCGCAGGCUUUCCCAGACUUCUUGCUGCCGACGAUGGGCUGAUGAUGCUGCUGGAACUCGACGAUACCGAGGUUCUUCGACGGUUGUACACGAAGAACAUGAUUAUCUCCCAGAAAUCACGUCAAUUUCGCAUGGAAUUUUUUGGGAUUUUGAGUCAAACCGAGAGAGGCAAACAGGUUUUACAACAUUUCAAGUUUGGCACGGCCAAGAAAGACGAUAAGGCGAUUCGAGGCACCAUCCGGAUUGAUUUAUACAUUGUCAAGCUUCUCGGGUCACCAGAGAGGGGACUUCUCAACGACAUUAGUACCUCCGGUCCAUCAGUUCAGACCAGAAACUUGGGACCUGGGAAGAAAGUGAAGAACGUCCUGGCAGCGGACACAUACAAUGUGAAGCGGCUCAACUAUGAGCGCCCGAUCGGAAGGUUCAAUUUCAGGUAUGGACCAAGAGGGAACUUGCCCCUGCCCAAGCAAAAGAGCAACGACGAGAACGACUGCGAUGAGGACCUGAUCGACUUGUCUGACGUUCCAGCGCUUCCAAAGCAUGGAUUGAAUAUGUUCGGAGGAGUCAACUUAAUGCGAAACUCCUCCUCAUUGCUUCCAGAUCUUGAUAAUCUGUCAGUAGUCCCUGCACAGACUCUGACACUUAUGGACACAGAUCCCAGCUCAAUACAUUCAGCACUACUGGACACAGAAGAUGGCUACGACUCGGAACUGAACAGGCGGUUCGUUCCCAUCCGACCGAAACCUCCACAAUCCGUCGUGGAAGAGCCGCACCUUCAGAGAGAUAUACCCGAUGACGAAGCCAUCCCGAUUCAAUCCUUUGAAUCGAAAGAUAUUCAAACUUCUAGGAAGCGAUCUGCCGUGGCGGCUUUCGGCUACGGUUCCCCCUCUAGACCCAAGAAGUUUCUCGCUACUUCUACAUACUAA